AUGAAGCUAACGCAAGCGAGCUCCGCAGCUUUCAUUUGGCUUGCACUGGCCCAGGGCAGAGAAGCUCGCCCAAUCUUCUCGCAAGGCUCGCAGCAGAGCGAUGAUGCAUCAGCGCUCCUGCAGUCGCGCGGUCUAAUGACCCUGGGGACGAACCAAGCCGUCUUCGCUCGAGGUGUGACGGACUCUUCAUUGCCAGUCGGAACGAGCAAUGGUAGGGUGUCUGAGCUGACUUUCUCGGACCUCGGCAAGCCAUCGACGACAGCGCAGCACGAGCUUCCGACCAAGCAAAUCGUACCCGCGACCCCGGAAGCGCUGCAAAAAGGUCCUUCGUUCUACGAGCCAACGCUGCCCAAGACGUCGCAGAUCAGACCGGCACUUCCUGAAACGCUCGAGAAAAGCCCAUCGCUGACCGAGCCGGGCAGAACUCUGGCAAAGACGCCCUCCUUCUCGAAGCAUUCCGGCAUGCUCCGUCAUCAUGCGGCGGUGCAAGAAGCCAGUUUGCUUACCGCAGAGAAGCCCAAGAGCUCUGUCCUGAGCAAAUUCAAAAAGUUUAGCAAGUGGGGUCUCGGAGUGUGAGUUGACUCUGCACCUCAAUCCCGAAAUUGUGCAUGUAGCUGACCAUUGCUAGCCUCGUCGAAUAAACAGGGGCGCUACCGCAGGCUUAUUGACAGGAGUCGGUUUCCUUGUCCACCACCAGAACGAAGAUAUAAAGAAGGUGCAGCAGUCGCAAGACGAGAUGUGGAGGAAGUACCACUUGUAUCAAUAUGAAACCGGCACCAAACCCAAGCUUAAGCCUGGCCUUGGCGAUUACGUCAAAGCCGGUCAGGGUUGGUAA